AUGCCGGGCGGCCAGGCGGGAGCAUUGAUCCCUAGCAAUCCUUCCAUGGGCCCGGGCCAGUUCGCCUCUCUCUGCUCCUCCGAUGGAGAUAACUGGGAUGACGUGAAAACCAAGGUCUGCUUCAAACGCGGACGAGCGACGCAUGCGAAUGCGACGGACCCCGAUGCGACAGAUUCGUCGUCGGGCGACGAGAGCUGCGGCACGCACUGGGUCAAGACCGCUCGCGUUAAGACCGAACCCGAGGCUGCGACGCGCCGCGCGCAAGGCACUGAUCCCGGAAGCGAAGGCGCAACCGAAAGCUGCCUUCCCGCUUCCUCCGGAGCCUUUCCCUUCUCCCCCCCCGCGGGGAUCUCCCCCUUUUCCGCUUCCGCCUCCCCUUUUUCCGCCCCCGAUUCCCGAUCCUUCCCCCUUGACCCCUCGCUUGCAAUGCCGCCGCCCUUCUUUCCGCCGUCGUACCCGACUCCGUUCUUCGCGCCGCACUUACCGCCGCAUUUGCCGCCGCAUAUGCCGGCUUGCCCGAAGCAACUCGCCAAGUGGCAGAAACAGGCAUCCGUUCCCGUCCCCGUGUCGUCCGCCGCAAUUCGCGCCGCCAAUCGCGGCGACAAGCUCCCCGCGCCGCCUGGCAUGAUGCCGAUGGGAAUGCUUGGGGGACCCUGCUCCCCGUAUCCCAUGCCCGUGAGUUACGGCGGACCUUAUGGCGGGUUUUACGGGCCGGCAGACAUGGCAGCUGCGGGAGGAGGGAGUCCCGCUCAAGCUGGUCCCGCUGCUGCGGCGGCGGCGGUGGCAGCGCCGAGAGCAGCAGGGCGGAACGGCUGUCCCGCUCGACCCAAUCUGCCCUCCGCCCCCUCCGCCCCCUCCGCCCCGUCCGCCCCGUCCGCCCUGUCCGCCCCUUCCGCUUCCGCCCGUCUUUCCCCUCAGCCUGCUCCCGCCGCUCCUUCCGCUUCCAGCCCUCCCUCUCGUCGCUCCGCCAUUUCUCCUCCUUCCGCUUCGUCCCCUCCGUCCGCUUCCUCCGCCCGUUCCGCCCUGUCCGCGCCCUCCGCCCCCCCUCCAUCCGCCACUGUCGGGCCCGCACACCCUCCUCCCCGCGCGUCUUCCGCGGGUCCCCCUGCAUCCUUCCCCCGCUCCCCAGCUGGUGUUUCCGCUGGCGCAGCUCCUGCGGGCGCAGCUUCCCCCGCGGGCGUGCAGGGCGCACGGAACGACCCGCCCAUGUACUGGCGGGUCGCGCCGCCGUCAGCCGCCGCGUCUAUGCCGAUGGGUUACUUGUCGGCCAUGCCCAGAAUGGCCGACAGUUCUGCCGGCCAAAACAUGCCGGCGCAGUAUGGAGCCCUGUACGCGGUAGAAGCUUCCCCGUUUCUUCCAUUCGGGCCGCAUGAAGGGGCUUUUGCCUUUGCGCCGAUCAUGGGCGCGGGGGGUUUGGUGCAGGAGCAGGGGGGAGCGGAGAUAGCGGGGAUGGGGAGCCUACCGCAAGGGAUGGGGGUAAUGGGAGGGAUGGCGGGGAUGGGGGGAAUGGGGGGAGUAGCGUGCAUGGGGGGAAUGGCGGGGAUGGCGGGGAUGGAGGUGGGGAGCAUGGGGGGUUUGCAAGGCAGCGUGGCUGCUGCCGCUGGUGAUGCUGCUGCUGCCGCUGGUGAUGCUGCUGCUGCCGCUGCUACAGCUGCUGCUGCUACAGCUGCUUGCAUCAAUGGCAUGUCUCCGUUUCUGCGGACCAAGAGGAACAGCAAGGCACACAAGUACAUGCAGGAGUACUGUAGUGACACUGAGAGUUUUGCAAGCGAAGUUGCAUCGGAGCUGUCAGAUUGCAACAAGCUGCUGGGCUCAGGUGCCUCAGGUGCCUCAGGUUCACGACUCCUUCAGCAGUCGGAGAAGGCUGAAAAGGCAGAGAGAAUGGAGAGCAAUGGUAACAUUGAUGUGCUUAUUGAUCUUCCGGCUCAAUUCACUGACAUGUCCGCAUGCCUACUGUUUUCAAGCUCUGGCCCUGAUGCUGCUGCUUCAGGUGCUGCUUCAGGUGCUGCUGAUCCCGGGUCUGCCACUGUUGUUGGUGUUCCAGCUGUGUACGGCGAUGCUUCAGGUGCUCUGGCUGCAUAUGGUUCAGGUGCACGUGAGCAAGGUGCAUUAGCCAUGGGGAUGAAGCUAGAGCAAUGCCAAGAUGAUGAUCCCGAUGCCGCAUGUCAAGAUGUUGAUGCUGGCAUGUGGGCUCUAGACAUGCCUCUAUAUUUGGAGGCAGGCGACGAUGGCAUGGAUAGUAUUUUAUGGUGA